AUGACCGAAUUUGAAGGAGAAUGUGUCUUUAUGGACAUUGAUGAUGAAUGGACUUUACAGGAUAUUACUUUACAAAUUGAGGAGUUUCGAAAGGAUAAACUAUCUGGAAUACAAUAUGAGAAUUCAUCUAUGACAUUAUCACCAGAAGCGUCGUUUGCCUUUGCUGAUUCUCUACUUGUACCCUAUGUUGUCGUGGAUACCAACUUUCUCAUUUCACAUCUUGCUUUUCUCAAAAAAAUCAUUAUGGAACAUGCAAAAGAAAGCAAGUUGUUCGUCAUUAUACCGUGGAUAGUUUUGCAAGAAUUAGAUGGUUUGAAAAGCAGGCCAAGUAAAACUUAUGAUUCUCCAAAAAAUUCUCAACCCAACUUACAAAAAUUGGCAGAAAAUGCAAUUUAUUUUUUACAUAGUUGUUUAAUCGAUAAAUUGAAUGGUAUAAGAGGACAAAGACUUGAUGAAAAAUUAGAGAAACAUGAUGAUGGUGACAUAAUUAUGAUGGAUUGUGACGAUUCACUACAAUCUUAUUCUUCUUCUUUAAAUCAUAAUGAAGAUCAUCAUAAUCAUUUCAAUUUAAUAUUAUCAUCAUUGAAUGAUUCUAUUUAUUCAAUGUCAAGUUACAAAGAUAGAAUACAAGGAAAUGAAAAAGAAAUUAAAUCAAACAACAAAAAUAGCAAAAUCCAGGAAAUAAGGUUGGUUGAUCCUCCAAAAGCUGUGAUGGAUUGUGAUGAUUCCAUAAAUGGUGUGCUCAAUCUACAUUUACCGGAAUCAUCUUUAUACGCGUCUAUUCACGCUCGAGGGAAUUCAAGAGAUCUGGAUAAGUUCGUCGUUAAUAAUACUGAUAAUGUUAAUAAUAACAGUAAUUCUAGAAUUAGGGAAACAGAAAUAAUGUCAAUUAUGAUAUCAAAGAUUCCGGAGGUUCCCAAAAAAAUAUUAUCAAAUAAUAUAAAUAUGUGUCAUCAACAGCUUAUUAUCAAAGUAAUAAGUUAUCUUAACGAUUCUCUCCCAGUUGCAAUUUUGACUCAUUUUCAAAAUUGUUUUGGGCAAGAUUGGACUUAUUUAGUGAACAUUCCCCAACCUUGGUCUUUGCAUUCAAUGUUAAAAUUCAUUGAUCGAUAUUGGCUUACCGUUUUUUCGGAUGUCUUUCAAAGAUCUCGUAAAAUUCAUGAGGUUACCAUUUCAAAUUUGCUAAAUUUCGUGCGAGAUUACCAUCAAAAAGGUUAUAACAAUAUCAAUAUCACUAUACAAGACCUGUUACAAUUCAUACAAAACUCGGAAGUUGUUUUGACAAUGAUUUAUGAAGGGGUGGAAGAUAUUAGAUUUCCGGCUUCUGAUAGAAAAAAAAUCAUAGAAGGAUGGUGGGACGAAUUUGAGAAUUCUAUUGCAUCGAUUUAG